AUGAACGGCUACUACCCGACGGGUAGAACCCCAUAUGACUACGGUGCCGCAAGCCUGUCAUCACAGAAUUCGAAUCCUGCCAACAAACCCCAAGCAUAUGCACAGGAUGGCAAUCCGACUGAAUUCGCGCAGGUUGUGCCGCAGUACAAAGCACCGGACCCGAAUUCAACACCGCGGUCAGCACGCGUCGACUUGAAAGAUCCAAUCCAAGUCCACUUGCUCACCGAGACGGCUCUUUCGGAUAGCAGGGGAUACGAGAUCUUGUCACAGGAAGAAGUGGACGAACUGAAAAAGCAAGCUGCGCUCCUCGCCCAGCGUGUAGAGACCACGAGAUCCAACCUCGCCAUACAAUCCAAAUAUCGAGAUGCCACGGCGUCCAUGGCUCGACUCAACGCCCUCAGUCAAAAUGACGAGCCGCACAACCGAGAAGCUGAACGCGAGAGAAUUGAGAAUGAGCGCAAGUGCGACGAGCUAGCUGCGGAAUUGCUCAAUCUGGAAAAGCGACUGUUGAUUCCCCAUCGGAAAAUCGUCGAGCAUACCGCUGCCAUCCUCCAACUAACUCACAAGGCCAGCAGAAAAAAGAAUGCACCUCAAAAUGGACAGCCUUUGAACGGUAUCCCCGGAAGCCCCGAAAGCCUAUAUACCUACUCGCACGGCAGAAAUAGUCUCGAUCAGGCUGGCGAUGACACAUACUUCGAUGACCCGAGCGCUUACCAUCUCGAUGGAGUUGAUCGACCAAGAAAGAAUGCUAUUGAGAUUCCUCUCAAGUCUCCAGUUCGUGAGCAGAAUCAGCUUAGGGUGGAACUGGAUCGUAUGCGCGAGGAGAAUUCAUACUUACGGUCUCAAACUGAUGGCCUGUUGAAACGGCUUCGAAGGCUCAAUGUGUCCAUGCGAGACACCAUUGUCCGAUUUAAUCCAGAGAUCAACCAAGGAUAUGAUGAGCCGCCUCAGGUAUCUACAACCCCAGACUUCAAAAUCGCAGACUUGCUCAAUGCUCAGCUUGAGUAUCUCGAGAGUGGUCUAGUUGCCGUUCAGGCCGAGCAAGACACAUUCGCGGGUGGAAUUGGAAUGGGAGAGCGUCUCGAGGCCAUGAAUCUUCAGUUACGAGAUCUCCUUAUGACGUCUGAUCCUCAUUACACGCCAACACAGCUACCACUCGACUCGGAUGUCAACGGUCAAAUGUCAUACCUGGAAGAUUCAAUUCGAUCUGUCGACUCCCACGUCGCACGCGCCAACUCUCCAUCCAAGGCACACGAUGAUGCCGGCCCCAUGUUAGCUAAUUUGUGGGUUUCGAUGCAGACGGGCUUCGCGGAAGCCAAAGAACGCAUGGAUGACCGCAAGAGAAGCCAGAUCGAGAAAGGCAUCACAGAGGACGAUAUGUCUGAUGAUGAAGACUUUGACACUGUGGAGUCGUAUUCUUUGGGGUCGUUCGUUGACAGGGUGCAGCGCAUCCAUGCGCAAGCCAUUACUCUGAGAGACCAGAAGUAUGUCCUCAAGCGACAGAUUAGGCAGCAGCGGGAGCUCAACAAGUCGGACGGCGAAAAAGACAAGGAGCUGGAGCGCAAACAGAGGGAUCUCGAGGAAGCCAGACAGCAGUUCAACGUCGCUGAAAAGAGCCGCAAGGACGCUGAAGAAAAGCUCUCCACCAUGAUGUCCGACUUUGAGAAGGCCAGGGAGGCCGCAGACCGCUCUGAAGCUGUCACGCUAGAACUUGAAGCGUGCAAGGCUCAAAUCACCCAACUCGAGCAGGGCCUCGAGGCUACUCAAACCAGCUUAGCAGCUGCAGAGUCCGGAAACCAAGGGUCCGAAAGCAAACUCGCCACAGUCAAUGCUCAGAUCGAAGAGCUUACCCAAGGAAAGAUUGCGGCAGAGACAGCCGUCCAAAGCCUGCGGGUUGAACUGUCGGCCAAGAAACAGGAAAUUAGUGACACAAAAAGAAAGGUGGACGACCUGGAAUCAGAAAUGGUUGAUCUGAAACUCGAUUUAACUGUUGCCAAAGCCGAACUAGACGGUGCUUAUGGGUCCCGUGCAGAGCGUGCAGCGGAUGUCGCAGCCUUGAGGGAGGACGGCAAGAUGGACAAACUCAAGGAGGAGAUCAAGAGGCUUCAAGGAGACAUCGACGAACUCAGAAGAAAGGACCAAGAACUCAGGAAGGAGCUUCAGGGCAUGACAGACGAGUGUCAGAGGAUCACCAGCGAAUCUGUUGGAUUAACAGGCGAGUUGGACGACGCUCUAAGAGUCAAGGACAAGCUCAAAGAGGAGCUGCAUAAUAUGCAAGAGAAGAUGGCAAAACUACAGGAGGACCUGGACAACGAGCGACUCAGGACUCCAAGCGAUGGGUCCAGGCCAGGAGCUGGCGCAUCAGUGCUGAGCGAGCGGUUCCGGGCGACGAUGAGGGAAGAACGAAAGAGGUUCCAGGAUGACCUAAAGGAGGAACGCCUCAAGUACCGCAAGUUGGAAGAAGAGCUCAGCAAACUAAAGCGCAAUUUGGGGCCUGGCAAGAGUUCUCUUACUCCACGCUAG